UUAGGAGAUUUUUUUGUUAAGGUCGGAAAAAAAUAGUAAAAAGUUGAAAUUUGCAGUAUGCAAUCCUUUAACCGUUCUCAACAACAUACUAAAAGUCCUCAUGUAUCCCGCUUGAGCUUUUGUUGUAUUAACGCCAGAACCAUACACUACCUUUGAACGGAAAUUUUGGCAGAUUGAAUACAUUUUGUUGGAUUUGGUUGGAUUUGGCAGUUCAAAAGUGGAAGCACUGACAAUAACAAUUGUCUGCAGACGCUGCGAAUUGAAAAUAUCUCAGUUAAAAAAAUACUUUCGUAAAAUGGUAAACAAUCGAAGGAGCAAUAUGCUGAGAAGUUCGAAGAAACGUUUUGAAGUGGAAAGAGUUAUUUUUCGCAGAUAUCAUCGUAGAAAGGUAGAAUAUUAUGUAAAAUGGAAAGGGUAUAGUUCUUUAGCAAACACGUGGGAGCCUGAGGGGAAUCUUAAUGCAGCUGCAAUCAGAGCUUAUAAUAAUCCACAACCUUCACUUGAAGCUAUUGAGGAAGGGAGAGAUUUCUUACUUUGUGGAAUACAAAAACAGCUGAAAUCGAGAAGCACUGUACCAACUGUCAUCUCAUUUCGGCGUGAUGUGUUUAAUUAUCUUUUCAAUGGAAAGGGGAAACCAGGCAAUGACAGAAAUUCACUUCUACUUGAAAGAAAUGAUUUUAAUCAUUUCCGUAAUCCAGAAAUGGAUGGAGAACAUAUUUUUGAUGAAAAGAGCGAAGGCAUUGAUGUUAUUUCCGAUUCGCCGAUAUUGGAAAAUGAAGCAUUUGAUGUCCAUGUGCCUGACGAAGAGUUGUCAAUAGACAAUCAAUCUGAUGAACUUGAAUUUCCAUCAGCAACUGCGAAUCCACGAAAGCGGAAAAGUAAAACAUAAACAUAUCGGGACAGUGUACAGUCUUUCGUGUAAUAGAGUUGGGUGGAACCCCUGGCUAGGAUUCUUGUGAAACGUGUUUUAAUAAUAUUCACUUGUCAACUUUACUGUGAAAAUUCCAGUUGUUACUUUGUGUCAGGUAAUUUUGUAUGUUAUCGUGCUUAUGACGUCAUAAUAUUGCUGUUUAGUCUAAAGUAAUAAUUUUACGUACCAAAACAUAUUUUAAAAAAUCCAUAUUUAGCGCAAAUAUAAGUAAUGACGUCAUGACCUCAUAACGGCAGAAGCUCCAGUCGGAUACAUGAGGACUUUUACUAUGUUAUCAAGGUCACUGAAAUGAGUGAAUACCCCAAUUUUCAACUUCUUACUAAUUUUUUCCGACCUUUUUUACCAUUUU